UGGAUGUUUGAAAGUGGCGGGCAGUGACAACACUCAUUUUACAGAGGUCGGCCUGGGCCAUAUUCAUUUGGAAAAGGACAAAUGUUAACAAGAACAAACAGUCGAAAGUAAACGUUUUAUUAAGGCUGGUAAGACACUCACCGUCAUCGAGAGCAGCAGCUUUCGUGGCACUGGAGGAAACGUGGAGAGGUAACGUUAAAAUAUUUUUAAACCAUGUCACAUGAGGACGCUAAGGUGAUCCCAGUGCGGGUUGCUUUGAGAUGUCGGCCUUUGGUACCCAAAGAAAUCAAUGAAGGAUGUCAGUGCUGUCUCACGUUCGUGCCCGGGCAGCCACAGGUGAUUGUUGGCACAGAGAAGGCUUUCACCUAUGAUUAUGUGUUUGAUCCCGCUGCUGAACAAGAGGAGGUCUACAGCACCGCAGUGUCCCCCUUACUGUAUGGCCUUUUCAAAGGCUACCAUGCUACAGUUCUUGCAUAUGGACAAACUGGAUCAGGAAAGACCUUUUCCAUGGGAGGAACAUACACAUCAGCACAGGAGAAUGAUCAGUUAGUUGGGGUUAUUCCACGAGUCAUCAGGAAAAUCUUUGAGGAAAGGGAGAAAAGGACGGACUGUGAAUUUCAUCUGGCAGUAUCCUAUCUGGAGAUCUAUAAUGAAGACAUAUUGGACUUGCUGUCUUCGUCUAAAGAUAAACCUACCCUCAGCAUACGGGAAGACCCCAAAGAUGGCAUCAAGAUUGUUGGAUUGACUGAGAGGCAGGUGUUCUCUGCCCAUGAGAUGGUGGGAUGUCUUGAGCUGGGAAACUCUGCUCGCACUGUGGGCUCAACAGCAAUGAACGCCGCUUCUUCGCGCUCACAUGCUAUCUUCACCAUCACACUGGAGCAACGCAGAGGGACAGACAAAGCUGACUCAGUUGUUUCAAAGUUGCACCUUGUGGAUUUAGCUGGGUCAGAGAGACAAAAGAAAACCAAAGCAGAGGGAGAUCGUUUGAAAGAAGGCAUCAGCAUCAACCGCGGCCUUUUGUCUUUGGGUAAUGUGAUCAGUGCGCUGGGGGAUGAAAGCAAGAAAAACGUCUUUGUUCCUUACAGAGACUCCAAGCUCACCCGACUGCUGCAAGACUCCCUUGGAGGCAACAGCCACACUCUGAUGAUUGCAUGCAUCAGUCCUGCAGACUCAAAUAUGGAGGAGACGAUCAAUACUCUGCGAUAUGCUGACAGAGCUCGCAAGAUUAAAAACAAACCUGUUGUCAAUGUUGACCCCAGAGUUGCAGAAAUGAACCGUUUAAAACAGCAGGUUCAAGAACUGCAAGUGAUGCUGCUGCAUGCUCGUGGAGGAGUUGCCCCAGUGCUUUCCGGGCCAGAGUCAACGGAGAAGGUUACCAAGCUGCUGGAAAGAAACCGCGCUCUGCAGGAUGAGAACAAUAAGCUGAGCAGAGAGCUGAGUGAGGCCGCUGGACAGACCGCUUUCAUGUUUGAGAAGAUCAUUAUUACGGAACAAGCAAAUGAGAAACUACAAAGCAAAAUGGAACAACUGCAGCAUCAUGCAGCAUGCACUGUCGAUCUUGAGACAUUGCUGGAGACUCUGGAAGAUCAGGAACUGAAGGAGAAUGUUGAAGUGAUGAGGAACCUACAAGAAGUCAUCAUAGAGCUCAAGACUGAAAGUGCAGGCAUCGCUGCCUCCAUCGACGCUAUGGCUGCAGGAGAAGAAGAGAUUUCUGGGGAUGGCAGUAAAAAUGCAGCGGACGAGUCUUCAUCAGACGCUCCUGCCAAUGUGAGUAAGGACUCCCCGGAGGCAUUUGCAACCCAUCAUGCACUGCGACAGGCUCAGCUCUCCAAGGAACUGAUUGAGCUGAAUAAAGUUUUGAGUUUGAAGGAGGCUUUUGUUAGGAAAAUGUGCCAGAACGACAGCCAGUUGGAGCCAAUGCAAACUGAACAUCAGAAAAACGUGCAUUCUUUACAGUCUUCAGUGGAUUCUCUGCAGAAGGAGAAACAGGAACUUGUUUUAGCACUUCAGUCUGCAAAGAAAGACACUAACCAGGCUAAGCUCAGUGAGCAGCGGAGAAAGAGGCUGCAGGAGCUUGAGUCUCAGCUCACAGACAUGAAGAAGAGGCUGUUCGAUCAGUCAAAACUGCUCAAACUCAAAGAAUCAUCUGUCCAGAAAGUCAGCAAGCUCACGCAGGAGAUACAUUCAAUGAAGACCCAGCGAACACAGCUGAUGAGGCAGAUGAGGGACGACUCUGAGAAAUUCAGACACUGGAAGAGCAUGAAGGAUAGGGAGGUGCUGCAGCUGAAGGAGAAGGAUCGUAAGCGCCAGUAUGACUUACUGAAACUUGAAAGGGAUUUCCAGAAACAGGCCAAUAUUUUGCGUCGCAAAACUGAAGAGGCUGCAGCUGCAAACAAACGGUUGAAAGAUGCCCUGCAGAAGAGAAGUGAGGUGGCAGAGAAACGUAAAGAUAUUCACAACAGAGGGAUAGAAUCGGCUGCUUCAAGAGUUAAGACGUGGCUUCUCAAUGAAGUGGAGGUGAUGGUGAGUACGGAGGAGGCACGGCGGCACCUCGGCGAUCUCCUGGACGACAGAAAGGUCUUGGCUCAGGAGAUCAACCACCUCAAACAGCAGCUAGAGGCUGGAGAGAGGCCUGCCUCCAAAAUCAGGCGUCGUACACUGAUCAUUUCUGAGCUGGAGAGCCAUGGGGCGCUGGAAACGCCUCUGACCAAACAGGUGGAGAACCUGGAGACAGAAAUGAGUCUCAGGAACGCCCAGAUUGCCGACCUGCAGCAGAAACUUCUUGUUGCAGACAGCGAGGGGCGUUUGAAACAGCGUUUAGACGGCAUCAACAGCAUAGUGGACGCCAAGUGUGCCCUUAAAGUCUUGAUAUCUGAGCUGGUCUCUGCUAAAACAGCCGGUGCCAAGCUGGAGAGUGAACUCAAGCAGGAAAAGGGAAACUCACAAGAUUUAAGGAAGAUGCUCGCUGAUGAGAGAAGUGUGAUGUCAACCAUGGACGUGGAGCAUCAGCAGCAGAUGGUGGAGCUAGAGCAGAGGCAUCAAGAGAAGGUGUGUUACCUCCUUAACCAGUUACAGAACAAGCCCAUAUGUAAUGAGCCGGACAACACGAAGCAGCAAGAGGAGGAUAGUUCAAAGGAGAAGGAGCUUCUCCAUCGCCUCAAAGUUCAGGAAGAAGAGCUUGAAAAACUGAGAGAAUUGAGUGAGCAGAACCAGGAACUGUUGGAGCAGAAUGAGCAGUACAAACAGAAACUCUCAUUGCUCCAGAUGGUGAGUGGGAACAAACUCUUGGUACCUUCAUCCAACAGUGAAAAGAGCCCAGAUGACUCCUUUGAAUAUGUUCCCCCAAAGCCUAAAGGGAAGCGCUUCACCACAGCUAAAGCGCCGCUGAACAUGGCCAUUAAAAUCGAAGACCUGAUAUCUCCCAGUGAGGAUGAGAACGAGCAGGAGGAGGAGGAGUGGCGUCCUGAGAAACCUGAGAAGGGACGUAGAGCCUCAAAGAAAUCCAAAGCUACUGGGUGUGCGUGUAAAGGUCGCUGCGGUAACAAGCAGUGCAGGUGUCGCAAAGGAAAGAUGACGUGUGGAGAGAACUGCCAGUGCGAUCACGAGAAAUGUCGAAAUAUGGAAAACCAGGCGCCCGCUGAGGACACGGAAAAUGUCUCCAGAGACUCCGUGGCACUUGAAAACACGACGCCCGAAAGCCCCGACAACACCACCUUCUUCAAGCCGCCAUCUUGUACUCCCACAAAGAAGGUGCUCAAAGAAAUCGGAGACAUGGGACAUGUCUCUGCAGACCUGAAGAUGGUCAGGAAGCCCCUCUUGGCUGAGGAAGAGGAGGAGGAGGACGACGACGACGAGGACAGAACAACAGUCAGCUUCCUCAAGAAGAAGAAACGAAUCUUGACGAGUUUCCAGAACAGUUUUUUCUCUGGAUGCACUCCCAUCAGAGAGGAAUCGUAGUGCAGACACUGUGGUGGAGCUUUUAACUUUAGUCUGUGUCUCUGUGUGUUCUGUCUAAAUGUUUUCAGCUUCUCUUUAACUGUUUUGUCAUGUGACUUGAAAGUAGACUGUAAAUCACCUUGUUUUUUUUCUUUUCCCCUGUAGAUGGUAACAAAAAGACUGUGAAUAGCAUUGGAUUGUUUUCUGGAGUUCAGAAUGAGAUGACCAGGCCUCCUAUGAAAGUUUUAGUUUUCAUCUAUUACAUAAAAAAUUAGAACUAAAAAAUACUUUGCUAAUCAUUUUUCCACUAAUCGACUGUCACAUUUUUAUACAAGCUCCAUUCAACACAUACUUGAAGGUGUUUUUCAAACUGUGCUUAUAGUGUUAGAGCUGAAUAAAGUCUUUUUAAAAAAACAAUGUUUUGUUUCCAAGUGCACUAGUGGUAUCAUUAAAUGAUUGAAAGUAAUGUAUUUCUUUUUCUUUAAUGUGUCUCUUGUAAAUCUCGCCGAACAUUCAGAAGAAUAAAAUAAAACAAAGCAAACUGGCUAAGUCA